AACGGUUCAGGGACUGGACACUUCAUAUCUGACACCUACACUUGCUGACUAUGCAGUCCCCUUCCACCCGUCCACCCUGGCUACCAUCCCCACAGACAUGCAGAGCCUGGAUUUAUUUUCUUUAAUUCAAGCGGAUCCUCAGCGAUGAACGUCGUGUAUUUUGCUGUGCAGGUUUUUCUACUAAGAGAAGUACUCCUGACGCAGCAGGAAGUACUACCUGGAUCUUGUACCUUUGACACGAGCACCUGUGGGUAUACUUCACACGCGCAACAUGACAACUGGAACAUCAAUCAGCAAGGGCAUUUAAUAACAGUGGAAUCAUCCUCUUUACGUGGUCAGGAAAAGGCCGUUCUUGUCAGUCCCGUUUUGGACCAUCAGGACUGGAGCUGCGUCAGGCUGGUGUAUCAGAUCAUUGGACGAGGUUUGCUGCAGCUCCACCUUCGGCCACAAGGUGAUAAUUUUGAUUACACGCUUUGGACAGCCAACCAAUCCUCUGAUAGCUGGCUGAUCGGCAGCGUGGAUAUACCCAACAGCACAGUCAACUACCAGAUUCUGUUGGACGGGCAAGCAGAACACGGUCCAAGUAACAGUGUGGCAAUUUUUGAAGUUCACAUUGUUCCUGGUUACUGCCUUGAUUGUGAUUUUGAGGAGCAUCAUCUGUGUGGCUACAGUAACAGCUGGAAUCCAAACAUCAACUGGUAUGUUGGCGGGAGUCACACUGCUGCACCCCAGUCCAACCUCUUUGACCACGUCAGCAAUAGUAACCGCACAGGACACUUCAUGUAUGCAGACUCUUUGUACGCCAAACACUUCCAGGAAGUUGCCAAACUUAUGUCACCAGUAACAAACGUGCCAAUCGCCGGCUGCCUGUCCUUCUUUUACCAUCGGGAUCAGGAAAGGGGGAACAUGUUCACGCUUUUCACCAAAGAUCAGCUUGGCCACUACGAAGAGAUCUGGAGACCAGACGUCUACGUCACCUCCGGCUGGACCCUCGUAAAUGUUGACAUGAAAGCCCCUCAACCCCUUCAGCCAUUCAGAGGUGGACUUGCUGGUGUGUUAUGGAUCAUUGUCCUGCUGCAGAACCCAAGUUGGUUUCAGCUUGAGAUCACAAACAGAUGGCCGGACAUUCUCCUUCAGGAUUUUUUGCUGGUGUUUGAGGCGGCGUUUAACAGUGCCAGAGGUGGAUACGUGUCCAUCGAUGACAUCUCCUUUUCCCCUGAAUUCUGCCACGCUGACACAGAAGCAAAUGUGGACCCUUCUAUAGCCAACUGUGACUUUGAGGAUGGGCUGUGUCUGUACUACUUGGAGAGAGCUGAGAGUAAAGUAUGGCGUAGAGUUUCAAUCACUCCUAACGCUUACAGAGUCGGAGACCAUACGACCGGAACAGGUGGCAUGCUUCUGGCAAAUACCCGAUUUUCCUCCAUGCCUGGCUACGUGGGUCGGCUUCAUGGUCCUUUCUUACCGGGCAACCACAAAUACUGCUUGAGAUUCUACUACCUGCUUCAUGGAUUUAGGAAGGCAGACAAUGCACUGGUUCUUUAUAUUUAUGAUGAGAACAACGUGGGCCAAGAUAAGGUUUGGAGCCUGGCAGACAGUUCUAGUGACGUAUGGACGGAGGUGGAGAUCACCUACAUCAAGCCCAUGGUGUCCAAGAUCGUGUUUGUCAGCAUUUGUAGUAACUUUUGGGAAUGUGGCCUGGUAGCCAUUGAUGACAUCACUGUCAGCCUGGGACAUUGCGGAAUAAAAAAAGGCUCCCUCCCAGGUCAGUGUGAUUUUGAAAGUGGACUUUGCGGCUUCAUCCAGGAGAAGACACAAGACCAAGCUGACUGGCUGCGGGUCCGAGGAAACACCCCCACAUCUUAUACAGGACCCAGAGGAGACCAUACCACUGGGGUAGGUUACUUCAUGUACAUGGAGGCGUCACACCUGCGUCCUGGUAACAAGGCCCACUUGCGGACGUGGGACCUGAGAGGCUCCUCAGGCCCUCACUGCUUGAUCUUCUACUACCACAUGUACGGAUCUGGCACAGGGAUCUUACGCGUUCUCCUGCGUCGUGGCGACAUUGAAGGUGACACACUGCUGUGGAGGCGACGUGGGGAACAGAGCGUGUCUUGGAUGAGGGCCACUGUGGACUACCACUGUCAUUUACGUCACCAGAUUGUGUUUGAAGCCAUUCGAGGUCCAUCCCUGCGGAGUGAUAUUGCCAUUGACGACGUCCGCUUUAAAAGCGCUCCAUGUGAAGAUCCUGAUGACAUCAUUUCCUCCUCAGGCUCCUCCGAGUACUUUAACGAGUAUUUCAACGAGGUUUAGAAGCAGAAGGAGUCGCGUUGUUUUGUUCAUACAUGUUGGACCUUAUAGAUCAGGGGUGUCCAAACUUUUUCCACCGUGGGCCGCAUAUUGAAAAAUCAAAGGACUUAAAAUGUCUGGAAACCAACUGAUGUAGAUUUGCUGAAACGUUUUUAUAUUUCAAGACAAAAACAGCCCGCAUCUCAGCUUUCUGCGUAUUAUUAGUACGAACUUCUCCUUGAAUUACACUUUUCUUUUUUUUUACAAAUAUUCAAACUUUCUUCUCGUACAUGUUUUUCUCAUAAAACUAUGACUUUAUUCUCAUAAAAUUUAGAAUUCAUAAUAUUACUGCUGUAUAUAAUAUUAUAACUUUUUCCUAACCUAAUUUUCCAAAAAUUGCAACUUUAUUCUUUGAUUUGUUUGCUUCUCAUAAUAUUGCAACUUUUAAAUAUUUCAACUUCAUGCUAUUUUUUUUCUCUUAAUAUUAUGACUUUAUUCUCCUAAUAUUUUGUCUUUAUUCUUGUAAAAAAUUCUUGCUCGUUUUUCCAUUUUUGCUGUUGUUUUUUUUAAUUUUCUUGCUUAGUUGUAUUUUUAGAAUGUACCGAGGGCCAAUAAAGAAAACAGUCGCGGGACAUAAAUGGCCCCCACCUGCACUUUGGACACCCCUGUUAUAUGUUCUAUCUAUUAUGCACUGGGAGAGCACUCUAGUCAUUCAUUUUCUAUAGCACUUGUCCUCAUCAGGGUCGCAGCUGGGCUGGAGUCCAUAUAUACACAACCAUUCACACCUAUGUAUCAUUUACAUAUAAAAUGAACUUUCAUUAUGUGUACUGUACGGUGGAACCUUGGUUAGCGUCAUUAAUCCAUGCCAGAAGUUCCGGCUCUAACCGAAACGUACUCUAACCAAAACAAUUUUUCCCAAAAGAAAUUAUGUAAAUCGGUUCGACAGAAAUUUGACAUACAGUGUUCCCUCUUUUAUCGUGGGGGAAGGGUUCCCAAAAUAACUCGCGAUAAGUGAAAUCCGCGAAGCAGCCAGCAAUAUUUUUGUACAAUUAUUCUAUAUGUUUUAAGGCUGUAAAACCCCUCACCAUACACUUGAUACACUUUUCUCAGACAGGCAUUAACAUUUUCUCUCUUUUAAACACUGUCAUAGUUCAAGUUUCGUUUGAAUUUUAAUGAUCAACUUACAAGAUUGCACACAAGAAAUGAAGUGACUCACGCAUAUUUUCUUUGAUUGCUAGGCUGUAGCGUUUUUGUAUCCUUGUUAAAACAUAUUCCUCCUCCUCGUCCUCCACGGACCGAAGAUUCGUUUACAGUAUUCAUUCAGCAUGUAUGAUCGCUAGCAGCUAGCCAUCGUAAAACAGGAAACAAGCAGUCCUGCACGAAGGAGAUUGCUUGACAAUGGUCUACAGCCAACCAGAACGCAGAACACAAUUGUCGGUUUCUCCUUUAGCCAAUCAGGACUGUUGUGGCUCUACUUAGUUGGCUACACACAUUGCUCAGAACUAGACACUCUUCAACUCUCACAUGAGUAUACAACACCCUCUGCUGGUAGCAGGAGUAAAUACAAUAACAGAAACAUAAAACAGAGCACCCAUAGAUCACUGCGCUGUUAAAGAAAAGAGCAAAAAGCAAAAUUGCACUUAAAAAAAUUCUGCGAAAGGUGAACUGCGAUGUAGCGAGGGAACACUGAAAACCGAAAAACACGCUAACCGAGGCGUAUGCUAACUGAGAUUCCACUGUACUCGUGUAAAGCAGCACUUCAAAAAAGAGUUUCAUAUUUGUUAAAGGUACACACACAAUACAUGGAUCAUGUACAACGUAUGAAUGCUAAAUAUUUUGUAAACAUGGCAAAUAAAUGGAAAGUCAACAGUUUGGCAUUUGAUGGCAUCGGUAAAACUCCUCAAUCAUAGAUAGAAAUAUAAACACAGCAAUGCCUCGUUUGUCGCGGUUAAUUGGUUCCAUACCGACCGUGACAAGUGAAUUCAUCCAUCCGUCUUCUAUGCCGCUUAUCCUAUUACCACAAAGUAUGAUUCCAUAUUUAUAAAUCGAAUAUUUUUGUAGUUAGAGAAUAGAAAACCUGUUUACGAGCUUGUAUAUACGGUUUUUGACAUUUUAAGAGCUCUCUGGACAUUAAAUAACACCCCUAUAGUCACCUUUACACUCCUAUUACCCAAUACAGUAGAUAUAAUAAGAGAAAAUAAGACAUAAAUAAUGCGUUCCAGUGCUAGGGGAGCUGAGUGGGGGGAGGACAGGAAGUGACGUCAGAGGUUCAGAGUUGAAUUUACAGCCGAAACAGUGGCCCAUGUUGGGGAUUAUUUUGCCUGUUGUGAGAUCAUUCAAACAAUAAAACAAUAAAAGCCUGUUGU